CCAGAUCCUACAUUCUUUUCUCUCUCUUCGAUCUCUCGCGCGACCUAGCAGAGAAAAAACAACAGCUGCUUCCCCUCGGCGGUUCCAGGCGGCGUCUCUUCACCUAAGCCCAUCACAGUUCCUCUUCCACCAUAGCUACAUUAUUAUAUCUUUUUCUCAAAUUCACACAAAUUUAAACCCUAAAAUUCCCUGUCUUCUUCCACUCCCGGUGGGUGCUCUGGUCAACCACUUCGCCGGUUCUAUACACUUCCGCGCUAUCAGUACUGAGUCUGAAAAUGAAAUCAUUUAUAGAAACGAUGAAGUACUUUUGAUUACUACUGAGAGCAUAAGGCUGAGCGACAUGGAGGAAGCCAUUAAUGUCGAGAAGCUUUGAGCCGAGUUUCUUAAAGUUUUUCGCAGCAGACGAUCUACCGAAGGCAAGCUCAAUGGAUGUACCUGUUUUAGAUGUUUUAAAUGUUCCAACAGUUAGUGGUUAUAAUAAUGUGGAAGAAGUAGAGGGUUAUCAGCAUCUCGUAGAUGAACUUUCACUGAAGAUUGAGGAGCUUGAGCAAAAAAUGAUUGAGGUAGAGCAGUUCAACUCUAGUACAAGUAAGAAGCAGCUAAAGGCAUCUAAAGGCAGCUCAAAUUCAAAAGAUAAAGAUAAGGAGAAACAUAUCCCAAGUCUUAAGAAGCAGCAGCAAGAGGCAUCAAAAAGGGAAGCUGCUGCUGCAAAGAGAAUGCAUGACCUCAUGCGCCAAUUUGGAACUAUUUUGAGCCAGAUCACAAGACACAAAUGGGCCUGGCCCUUUAUGCAGCCUGUAGAUGUUGAAGGUCUUGGUUUGCAUGACUACUAUGAGGUUAUUGACAAGCCAAUGGAUUUUAAUACAAUAAAAAACCAAAUGGAGGCUAACGAUGGCACUGGAUAUAAAAAUGUUCGACAAAUUUGUGGUGAUGUAAGGUUGGUUUUCAAAAAUGCUAUGAAAUAUAAUGAAGAGAGAAGUAACGUUCAUGUUAUGGCCAAAACUUUGCUGAAAAAGUUUGAGGAGAAGUGGCUGCAAUUUCUGCCUAAGGUUAUAGAAGAGGAAAAAAGACGAGAGGAGGAGGAAGCAGAAGCGCAGAUGAACAUUCAGCUUGUUUAUGAGGCGGCUCAUAACAAAAUGGCUAGAGAUAUAAACAAUGAGCUGCACGAGCUUGAUCUGCAUUUGGAAGAACUUCGAGAAAUGGUUGUUCAAAAGUGCAGAAAAAUUUCAGUAGAAGAGAAAAGAAAGCUCGGGGCAUCUCUCACCAAAUUGUCUCCUGAAGAUCUCAGCAAGGCACUGGAGAUUGUUGCUCAAAAUAAUCCUGGGUUCCAAGCUACUGCUGAAGAGGUGGACCUUGACAUUGAUGCUCAGACUGAAUCCACUUUGUGGAGGCUAAAGUUUUUUGUAAAGGAUGCUCUAGAAAUUCAAGGCAAGAGUUCCUGCUCAGCAAGUCUGGGUGGCAACAACAACAGCAUGGGCAAUGCUAACAAUAACAACAACGACAACGACAUCAACAUCAACAAUAACAACAUAAAGCGGAAAAGAGAGAUUUCUAAUGCUAUUGCCAAAGCUGUCAAGAGAAACAGCAAGAAGCCCGCUUCUUGAUUGCACAACACAAUAAGACAGAUUUCUUCGCAAUUGGUGUCGUAAAUUCUAUUGCCAUAAGUUUUGCCAAUUUGACUGACCAUUUUUUCACUGUAGUGUACAGACCAAUGUGAAAUUUUCCACAUCCUUGGUAUGUAAGGUAAGCUGUAACUUAGUUUUAGAGUUGUAUUAGAUCUAGGUUAUGAAGUUUUUUUUCUUCCUCACCUAAGCAAAGCUUUGCUUUCUUUAUUUUUUUUUUGAAAAAAAAAAUAUAUUUAUAUAUAGCAAAUUAGCUGUUUGUAAUAAAUUAAUGGGACAGUUUUGACAGGAAGUAUGGUUUGUUCUUUCA